GCUAAGCACCUAAUUUCAAAGAAAGCCGAAUAUUGUAUUAAAUAUGCAAAUUAUAACCAGGUUUUUCAUUCAGGGUAAAAUUUAAAUGCAGGUACGAUGACCUGAAUCGUUGGAGGUAGCCAACAAUUAGAAUUAGAAGAGUGCGGGGGGCAGGGUGUAAAUGGUGUUGGGCGGGCGGCGGUGGAAAAGGCGGCGUUGGCGGUGGCGGCGGCGGGCGGCGGGCACGUCAGUCGGCGCUCGCAGCCCGCGCCUCGUGUCGCGCACCGCGCCUCAGCCGCGCCGAGCUCAUGAGUGCCGGGUAUUAUGCCGGCGCUUCGGGGCCGCUCUCCACGUGCCGCGUGCUCGCCGCCGCGCCGCGCGCCGCCACCGCCACCGCCACCGCCCCGACACCGCCGCCGGCUAUAGCUCGCGCUCCUCGGGCUCGUAUACAGAAACGCACGCGAUCACGCGUCCCACGUCUACCGGAAUUGAGAGUAAGAGUGGUGGCGACCGGCUGGCGACGCCGCGGAUGUCGCUGCUCGGAAAGCCACUCAGCUACCGCGCCACGCGACGCGACGCGCGAUACCGCCGCCUACAGUCCAAGUUCUACAACUUCCUUGAACGACCCAGGGGUGUAAAAGCUGUCCUGUAUCAUAUGAUUGUGUUCCUGAUGGUGUUCAUGUGUUUGUCGCUGUCAGUAUUCUCCACUAUCGAAGAAUACGAAGCGAAAGCUGGGAUCGUUUUGUUCUACAUGGAGACCGUCGUUGUUAUUUGGUUUGCGAUCGAGUUUUUUCUGAGAUUAUGGUCAUCAGGAUGCAGAUCACGGUACCAAGGCUCUAUGGGUCGCCUCAAAUUCUUGAGGCGACCAUUCUGCAUAAUCGAUGUUACAACGAUCCUGGCGUCGCUAGUGGUGCUGGGUAUGGGCUCUUCUGGGCAGGUGUUCGCAGCAUCAGCGCUAAGAGGACUGCGCUUCUUCCAGAUACUUCGUAUGGUGCGCAUGGACCGGCGCGGAGGCACCUGGAAACUUUUAGGCUCCGUCGUCUACGCCCACCGACAGGAAUUAAUCACAACACUAUAUAUAGGAUUCCUCGGGCUGAUAUUUGCAUCGUUCUUAGUAUAUUUAGCAGAAAAAGACGUGGCAGACACAAAAUUCAAAAAUUUUGCAGAAGCUUUAUGGUGGGGGGUCAUCACGCUGUGCACUGUGGGGUAUGGUGAUAUGGUGCCACAGACCUGGCAAGGGAAAUUCAUCGCUUCUUUUUGUGCUUUGCUCGGUAUAUCAUUCUUCGCACUCCCUGCGGGUAUCUUGGGUUCUGGAUUUGCUUUGAAAGUACAACAGCAACAGCGUCAAAAGCAUAUGAUACGGAGACGCCAGCCAGCAGCUACUCUCAUUCAAGCAUUAUGGCGGUGUUACGCUGCCGACGAACAUUCCAUGAGUGUGGCUACAUGGAAAAUCCAUCAAGUGCCGCUUCCGAGCCCUCAGACUAGUCGGGUGAUGAGUGCGUCGUUCAAGAACAAUGCGUCUUUUGUAUCCCGGCUGCCGACAAUUCGCCGACACAAGAGCACCUCGCUACAUUCCCCCGCGCCGCACUCCAAACCGGCGCAUCGAUACGAUGUCAACGCCAGUGCUGAAAACCUCGAUGAAGACGAGGAACCACGCUGUGUCACCCUGACCCCGCGCCAUAAAGCGGCAAUUCGAUUCAUAAGAAAGAUGAAGUAUUUUGUGGCUCGGCGUAAGUUUAAGGAAGCUCUAAAGCCAUACGACGUUAAGGACGUUAUUGAACAAUAUUCCGCGGGCCAUGUGGACCUACUGGGACGAGUGAAAAACGUCCAGACUAGGUUAGACCAAAUACUUGGGAAACAAGGAUCAAAAGCUAAAGAUGUAUAUGCAUCUAAAAUCAGUCUUGCUUCCAGAGUAGUUAAAAUUGAAAGACAAGUAGAUGACAUAGAAAGUAAGUUGGAUCAUUUAUUAGAAAUGUAUGAAGAAGAUAGACGAGGAACACGUCAAAUAUGUGGAGGAUCUAGUGCAGGCAACGGUGGUUCGUCUGCAGAGGGCGCACUGGCGCUUCGAGUGCGACCGGCGGCGCUCUCUGACAAGCAAUGUUCGGAACCCAACUCACCGGUAUCCCGGACAUUCGAGCACCCAGCCCCGGCGUCAGCACCUCCUCUACCGCAUAAACGGCCUAUGAACAGGGGUUACUCUGAUUUAGGAACUAGAUUUAUACGGAAAAAAGUUAUUGUUAAAACGUCGUCAAGUCGAAACGAUGAUUCUCCAAGAGACGAUGAAGUGGUAAUAGUUGUACCCACAGACCGGGAAGAUACGCCUCCACGUUUGGCAACCGAUAGCUCAGAAGUUUGUGCGAGUUGCUCUGUGGACGUGGAGACAGAAGCGGAGGCGGGCGGCUCGCGGUCUGCGAGCUCGGGUUCCGCAUCAUGGUGCGAGGGAGAUGCGGGCGAGGAACGCUACGGCUCCGGGGACUCACUGGCUGAAGACGCAGCACUGCUAGGCGAUGCAGCGCAACCGCCGCCUCGACUCGUGCGCGCACAGCGGCGUGAUGUCGCCGUUGACCUCCAUCUCUUGCACCCUGAUGCCUGAUUCGAAAUACACUCCUGUGUCUGCUAGGUGGAACUAUACAUAAACGCGUCAACAAUGAACACAGUCGAAUAGGGCUCUUUAGAGCAAACCAACAACAUUUGUAGAUAUGCAAUUUCAAACUUCCAACAAAAUAAUACUUAGACGUUUUGAAUUUACCAACUCAGUACUUUUUUAAUACCUACAUAAUAUCAAGUUGUAUUAUAUAUUUUGGUAAUAUCUGCACAGUUGCUUUCUGCACAUGGUCUGUAUAAUACCUAUGUACUAAUCAUGAUCACAUGAAAUGCGUAAUAACUACUAAUAACCAACAAAUAGAAGAACUAAGGAAGAUUUAAACGCAUAUUCAUUUUUAAUAUAUCAAUGAAUACAGACACGCAUCUUAAUGAUAUUGGAAGUUUGAAGUUGAAAUAGGUUAAGCGCAUAUUUCAAAAACUAAUGCCGUUUCAUGCCUCGUAAUGGCGAUUCGAGUUAUUUCUCGAAGCAUUGUGUUUGUUACCUAGCACAAAACUUUUGAUACGACACAAUCCUUGGCCAUUUUAUUCACUCUCAUAGAAUAGAUAGGUGCUUUAUCAAUAAAAUCUAAAGAGCAAUCUUAGAUCUAGUGCGAUUGAUAGGUUAAUUUAAAGUGUGUCUUGUGCAACUCCAAUAAACCAUCGUACAACGAGUAGGUAAUUAUUGUGGUUAGUAUACUAAGUGUCAACAAUUCCACUCGUUUUAUAUUUAUAAAAGAUAAAGACCAAAGACUCGAAGGUUGAUAAGGUAAUUUAUAAGUAUGAGUAAUUAUUACGCUUAACUUUUAGUUCUUCUUUAUACUUAAUAAGUAUUAAAAACUCGCUUGUCAAAUGUAAGGGGAAUUUAUAGCAUCCAAUUAGGCUAAACGAAUUAUUAUAGACAUACUGAUAUUUUUCUACCACGUAACUAGAAAUGUCCCCUAUAAAAUAAAUUAUUAGGAAUCCAUAAAUCGAAAUCUUAAUUAUUUUCUGCACAAAAUGUUAUUUUAAGCAAAACCAUACCUAUUGUGCUCUACAGAAAUUAUUUUUUUGCUUUGUAGAAUAUACCUACCAAUAUAUAAUAAAAGUAGGUAUUCAAAACCAAAUAACUUUACAAUCAAUAGACCCAUAGACGCUUCGGAUUUUUUAAAAUGUUGUAAGUAUACUUAAUAUAUUGUACAUAUUGUAUUAAUAUUUAUUAUCUACGUGAACACGAUAUAAUAAAAAUAUUUUCUAAUUAAAGCUAGAUAGUAGCAGAUAUGUGUUCCAUACUAAAUACAUCGAUAUUGGAACUCAUACCUACUUCAAUUAGAAAACAUAUAAAUAUAAAUGAUGUACCAGGUAACCAGGGAACAGAAAAAAAUUAAGUUGGACUAAGUUAAAUUCACUCAGAAUUUCAAAAGUGGGGGAUCUAUCAUCUAUAACUUUUUUAUGAAACUAAUCUUCCAAUUAACAAAGAUCUCUACAUUCUAUAUUUUUCAUUCAAUAGAUAACUAUCUACUGAUAAAAUAUACACCAGAUUUUACAUUUGACAAAUUUCUUAUAUAUAUAUAUAUAUAUAUAUAUAUAUAUAUAUAUAUAUAUAUAUAUAUAUAUAUAUGUAUAUAUAUAUAUAUAUAUUUUAUCCAUAAAUCAACAGAGAACAUCUUAACAAUUUUUUUACAUCUACUUUAUUACAAAAAAUAUUAUAAAUAUCAAUUUCUAAUCCUGACGUACCUGUAUUCACAGAUACAUAACAAUUAAUUAAAAAAUUUCGAACGGAAUUCGGUACUACAAAUAGAUAUAUACUCGUGGUAUUAAUGACUGAAGACAAAAUAUUUACAGUUGUAACGGUACAAUAGUAUUCUCAAUUUAUUGCUAUGGGAAAUAAAACGUGUAAGCAGGAAUUCUUAUAUCAAAUGCAUCUAGAUGGAUUGCCAAGUGUUAAAAACGUCCCAUAAAAUAACCUGCCCACCAUUGGGUAAUGCGUCAUCGAUAAUAAGUAUAUUAAAUGUUAAUAACAUCAUAAUUUAUGUUACAAAAGUCACUAAUUACAACAUUACUAUAAAUUUUUACCUUUCAAAACAUGAGACGUUUAAAAAAUAGUUAUAACGUUUUUCUAGAAGUAUUCCAACAAAGAAGAAGUAAGAAUAGAGACAGACUCAUCUAAAUGUUAUUGAUUUAACAAUUUGUGCUAUAAACAUACCGAGAGUGUAUUACAUUAUCAAAUACAAUGGACAUAUGUAGCUAUUUUUUACAAUCAUAAAUACUGGCUAGAAAUAGUGAUCUCAAUAGAUUAGUUUUAAAUAUCGUGUAACAUUAUUCUGAUAAGGAAAGUGCGUUAUUCACUUAGUAAAUACUAUAUCUAUUUGAUAAUGUAAUAUAGCAUCAUACUUUAUAUCACAAAAGCAUAACAAGUACUGAGCGUCACUAAGCACGUGCAGAUCACUUGGCAAAACAUAAUUUAAGCCCGUCUACAGCAAGAAAUUGUAAAUAGUCCAAUAAAUCAAACCUGAAAUAAUAAUAAGUAUAUAAGAACUGUCGUGUUCACUUUGUAGAUACAUAUUUACUUGCAUAUAGAACAUAUUCUUACCCUCCUUAUUGGUAAAAACGUCAAAAGCCUAAUAAGUCUAUUUUAAGUAUUUAAGCGGUGCAUCAUUUAUUUCGAGUUAAAUUUUAUUUGAAAGAAAGUGACAUAAAUUAAACGUUUAAGAACAGCAACAAAAUAUAAACAAUAGAAUAAAAGUUUUACGUUUUUUGAAUAAGUAUAGUUACAGCUUAUAGGUACAGCUAGCAAUAACCAAAAAAUGUAAAAGGUCAAAAAUUGCGCAAUAAAUAUUUAAAAAUGUACUGCCAAAAAUGUACACAAUACCAUAUAAUGUGUUUCAUGUUUAAUGUACAUUUUUAAAUAACGUAUAUUCAUACAUAUACACAUUAUAUUAUAUUCAUAGAAUUACAAAGCUUUUUAAAAUGUAGUAUCUUAAAAAGCUGUGUAUUUUUUUAUAAAUGGAUAUCAUUCCAAUGAAAUAAUUAUGUAAAAUUCAGCUAUGGUUAAAGUCUCGUUAACACUGAUUGAACAAUUUAGUAAGUGGUAAGUAAUUUGCCAACUAAACAUGUCUAAGCAACAAAUUUUAACUCACCUAAAUUACUGAAGCUGUUAACAAUGAAACUUUACCUUAAAUUUCUCAAUGCUGAAUUAUUUUAUUCACAAAGAAUUCUGUGAUACUUUUUUUUUAUUAAUUUUUUAUAUUGCUUAUACUUAUUUACUUUUUAGUUACAAAGAUUCUUAUCUCGAACCAAUUUUAAACAUUUUGGACAUGUUUCUUAAUACAAGCAGGGUAAAUAUUAGCCUGACGUUCAUAUAAUAAAUGUAAGUUUUAUUACAAUUUAAAAUUAAUAAUAAAAUCAUGUCACGGCAUUAUCAUUCCAUGUCUUCAGAGGCGUUAAGUCUACCUUACACAAGUUUUAAUAGGAUUUGCUUCGCAUAACCCACCAAUUUUAAUAGAGUUUUCGCUCUCAGGGCCUACAAAUUAAUAUUAUACAUUUAAAUCGGGGGGUUAUACGAAAGAUAUGCUAUAUGAUUCAUAUACAUUGGGGUUUUUAACCCCCAGAACUAGCUCAAACUCUUAUUUAUUAGAAACAAAACGAUCAAAAAAAUAAAAACGCAGCUGUUACAUAUAGAUAUGUCUAUUAUUCUACUAGACUAUCUAUUUAAUCAAAUGUGUCUAAAUCAUAUAGACAUAAGGAUAAAAAAAAUAUUCUUAUAGUUAGACAUACUUAAAGUCCUUCACAAUCAUUUAAAGAUUAACACGAUAGUGUAGAUAAUCGUAAAAUCAUGAAAAAAGAUAGAUCGUAGUCAUUUAGAAAUUUUAUUACAAUAAAUAUAAUUUACAUUAUUUGUACUUCAUUUGCCAAUUUAUAUAUUUUAUUUAUGCAGUAUAUACCUAAGUAACCUUAAGUUCUGUAACUAUUACGAUUAUUUACACACAAUUUAUACAUGCAAACAUAUUUAAAAAAAUAACUUACAAUUCCAAGGAGAAAUUAUGAGUUUUCAUGUAUGGAGAAUUAUGUGUCUUCAGACAUAUGUAAAGUCUAAAUAAUGUUGCUAUUAAAAAUCAGAUUUGUUGCAUAUUUUUCAAUAUGUCUAUAAUUGUACGUACUUAGUACCUACUUACGUCAUAUUGAAAAAUAUACAUUUUUAAAUUAUUUAUUAAAUGUCUAUAAUAACGAGGCCUGACUAUUACCAAAACCACAUUACUUUGAUGUCACACUAUGCUAUAAAUGUGCUGCCACUUAUUAAUCUAUUUUUCGAAUAAACUCAUAAAAAAACUGCAUUACCGCUCACUGCAUAGACUCACUUUUACUACUAGGUGGCUCCUAAAGCCAGUUCAAUAAAAUACCUUACAAAGGGACCUACUGAUGCCUAUUAGAUUUUUAUUGUCAAGAAUAUUAGUGACUAUAAAUAUAAAGCCUACCUAGUCAAUUAAGUUUAGACCUAUUCCUAAACUUUUAUCGAUGGAUCCCAGUGGAUACAAAUUAUAUAAUGCUAAAACUCAUAUUUAGUUUCACAAAUCAUCAUCAUUUACCCAUAUAUAAUAUUCAUUACGAUAUGAAUACGUGAAAAUGCUACCACACAAGCCUUUAAACAAGUAUUCAACACGAGAAGCGCAUGUGUAUGUAUAUAAAGUCUAAUGUUCUUCAUUAGUACUAUCAUGAUAUUCCAAACCGAAUUCACGAAUAAACCAUCUAUAUUUACUUCUUUUUCCCAAAAACUAGUAAACAGAAAAUUGUAGGUAUUUGCAAAACAGACUCUGUUAUCUACGUUUCGGUUCCAGUAUUGAAAGCUCUCAAUACAUGGCUUAUUUGGUACAUAAUUUGAAUCUUAGAUACUCCAUGUAAAUCCUUUAAUGAUGAUAUAUACGAUCAUGCAAUAAUUCGUCUUAAUUUAAAUAAUUUUAUUCUAACAUCUCUUUUGUAAAUUACCUAGUGGCAUGAAAUUUAUAAGUAUAACGUAUAUAUAACAUCUUUACAGUAUAAAAUUGAAAUAGCAUCCUUUCAAUGGAGUACUCUGCUAACGAAACUAAACAUUCAACAAACCAAAAAAACAUAGGUCUAAAACGACAAAAAACAUUUGAGUGUCCUAUACUAUCUCAACAGCUGAUCGCGGUUUUAGUAUGGGAAACUCAAAAUGUUUUGUCGUUUUCGACCUCAUUCAUGUCUUUUGUAUUUUUUGUUUACAAAUUUUUUGUCGUUAUAUAUAUGGGUAGAUUCUUAGUUGUACGUACUGCUAAAAAAUCCAUGGUUACUUUUUUUUAAUAUUACUUAGGUAAUUAUAUUCUUAAAGUUUUAUCAUAUAUAAUGUAUAAAUAUUACAUAAAAUAUUACAUUGUUAAAAUAUUUAUAUUUUAUCUUUGUUAUGCAGUUAUUUGUUUUAAGAUCAUUUUUCUUUAUUAAUUAUUUUGCUUUUCGCACACAGACUUGCAAUGUGUACAAGAACAACGACGUUAUAUCAAAUACAACAUAAUAGUGUUACAAUUUAGACAGGACAGGAAAAUUCUAUGAACAAGAAUUGAGAAAGAAAUCCUUCAGCAUAUUAACUGGCUACCAACUACCCACAGUCUAGUACCACGUACCACAUUGUAAAAACACACUUGUUAAGAACAACUAGUAUCUGGACAGUGACCAAAAUAUAUAUAUAACUUUGUAUUACCAUCGGUCGAAUAAAUUGUGGAGAUCUACAAAAACCUAUUUUUUUAUGUUAACCUUUUUAAAUUUUUAAUACGUAGAUAAUACAUAUAAUAUAAUUUUAUAACAUCCAACCUUCAAAAUUAACGAUAUCUUGCUUGCUAAGAACUUACUACGGUGCUCAAUACAAAAUUUUACUUUACUCUUUUUUUAUUGAAACUCUGAAACCAGUUAGAGCAUUUCGAAUUAGCUACACUAAUAAAGUAGAACCCAACAUAAGUAUCUUUUUUUCAUUUAUCUUAAAAUUAUGUUCAGCAAUUUAAAUUAUUUUAAUACUACACGUUCCAUACAACUCCAUCCGACUUAGGAUAAGAAUUGGGUAAAUGCCACGCUUUAAAUAAUAAUCAAUUUAUAUAUUUUUUUUAAAUAUUCAUUAUCAUCAUCUUUCUAUCCUUAUCCCAAUUAUUAUUUGGGGUCGGUGUAAUAUGGUUUUGUUCACAUUACUAAAGGAUUUGGCUUAUAGUUUUAGGAUCGGUCGCUUGUAAAUUUAGUGUAAUUGACUAAAUUCUAUUUCAUAUAAAUGAUAAAGAUGAAAAUAGUUUAAAAAAUUGUUAAAUACAUAAUAACAAAUUGUACUUUCAAAAGGGUGUAUGACAAGAGGAAGUUUGCUGUGAAUAAAUAAUUGUUCAACAUCGAGACAAGUAGAAUACUGAUGAUACCAUUAGAUGUCAUAAAAUUUAAAGUAGGUACUUGUGUCGUCUUCUGACCACAGAAUAUCUAUAGUAUAUGUCUGUGGUAUAUAGAUACUAUAAAAAACACACAGUGUGAUCGAUUUGCUUAACAAAAAUGAAGUUACCCAUUUUCAGGGUUAUAAUUUUAAAAAAUAAGCACACAUAAUUCAUGGAAUUCAUUCAUUAUUAUAAUAGUAUUAGAUUUUUUUUAACAUAAAUAAGUAAAUAAAUCUCACUGAAAAAUAAAGAAAAUAUAUUAUACAAUAAAGUUAUUCAUAAUUAAUACAUUAUUACUAACCAAUAGGUAACCUAUGUAUUUUAUAUACGUCAUAAGCAUAAGUCAUCACUAAUGAAAAAUAGAACUAAAUUUUCCUGCCAAAACAAAAGUUUAUCCACUUCCCAAGCCACCUCGCCUUAAUUAAAUAGAUAUCUACAUUAAUAAUUUAUUAUUUACUGUAUGGAUUGUUGCAACAUAUGAGAAGAAUUUAUUUAAAGUUAGGUAUGCGUGGUGUAAAAAGUUCCUAUACAGAUAUAUAAAUUAGAUACACGUGAAGAAGCUGAAAUAAGUACCAAUACUUAUUACAAAUAAACACGAACUAACUCCUACCAAAUGUAAUGCUAAACAGCUUAACAAGAAUUAUAUAUGAUACCAAUUUUUGCAUCUUAACCUAGCUAUGAUGCAAAAGAUUUUAACAAAGUUUAUCACAUUCUAGGAAUAAGACACCUUCAUUCGUCAUUGAAGCGAAGGUUGCAAACUAAGGAUGAAAUUUUAGCAAGAUGCUGAACGAUGAAUGUAGGUACGAGAAAUACAUACAAUAAACAGCUAACUUUAAUACGCGUCCCGAUAUUUAUAUUAAUAGGCAGGUACAAAUCUUAUAUCUUCGUGACAUAUGUUACUCGCUCCGAUAAAUCAAUUUGCUUUGACGUAAAUAGAUAAAUAAUUUUUAACUUAACUUUGAAUUAUGAAUUUUAACCUUACUCGCCGCUUAAGUGUUCCUCACAGUGGAAAGACAGUUCAGUUAAAAAUUUAAGCCAUAGACGAAAUAAUAAUUCUACACUAAAACCCAUGCCACAUUGUUAUAUUUGUUACACCCAUGCCUAUUUCUGCUAGUCAUUAUACUAUAUAUUUAUUAUGUUAUUAAUAAUAGUUUUUCUAAUAGAGCAACUGAAUUACAGCAAUAUAAUUAUUUGGGCAAAUUGUCCCCGAUAAAAUUUUCAUCUCCAUUCCCAUACUUACAUACCUAUUUACAAGGCCUAUGUAUAUAAACAACAUAAAUGUACUCCGGUAAUUCUCAUGUAGAUAUCGUUACCUUAUUUAUCUAUUAAUUCUCCGGAACUGGCGAAUACCUAUGUAUGAAAUGAGUGAUGAAAAAUAACAAACAAGUGAUGUAAAAACCUACCUUUCCUUGCUACCUGAACCUGAACCUAGCAUGAAAUUCGAUAGAUAGAUAAGUAAAUAUUCCUGUGGGUAACUUUUCUGAUAUUUUAUCGCAGAAUAGAGAAAAAGCCUCCGACCCCUGAUUUUAUCGAUUUAUGUACCUAAGUAAAUUACUUUUAAUCUAUAUACAAAAAAGCAAACAUUGUAUUAUAAAGAUAUUUGCGACUCUAUGAACAAAUUUUCAAUUUUUUAUUUACAAUCACAUACAGAGUUAGUGUUGGUAGGAACAUGAAGCGGCUAAGAGCCAAACCAGCUACCGAACUAGCUUACUGUGCAGAAAUGGAUCACCCAUACUUUAAAAUGUUGCCCGAUCAACCAAUCCCCCUCCCUUUCUCCUAUCUCAAGGACGGGGCUGAUUAAUUUAAAAAUAAAAUACAUUAUAUUUUGCAUAUGCUGGCUUGGGGUAUAACUACAAAAUAAACCACUCUUCAAUUCCUAUUUCUUGAUAUUCAAAUGCUCUACUCGUUUUGUUAUCGUGAGAACAAUAGAUACCCACGAUACCUAUCUACGUAUCUAGAUACGUGUAAUAAAAAUGGAGGUAGAUAAUAUAAUAUUGUAACACCUUUUUCAAGCAUUAGCUUUGGCAAAAUAAGUAAAUUUUGAAAAAUAUCUGAAAAUGAUAAAUUCUCCAUUAAAAUAGUAUUAUUGACCAAUAUUAGAUACCUACCUAUUACUAUUAGUGAUUUAAAAAAUAAUAUUAAUAUUGCUCAUUACACUACUGGUUUUUAAAACUGUAGGUAUUGGGACAACGUUCACGCUUUGUACCAAAUUUAGGUACUUAUAUUAUUUUAUAUUAUUAUUUUGAGGUUUUUUUUUAUUGCAAUAUCAACAUUGUUACCGUUUUUAAAUAAGAAAUACAUUAUUUAAUAGCCUGAAA